ACCGUAGCAUCUGAAAUUCAGUCAGUCAAACUCUUUAUUUUAUAUGUCAGAUGUUAGCAGUUAUGUCUUACAUUCGCAAGGCUAUACUCUAAGAAAAUUAAAGGGAUCAAAGCCCAUUGCUCUGAACCUGUGAAAUCUAGCCUAGGACAGGAUUUUUGGAAAAAAGCUCAGAUUUCCUAGUCACCCAUAAGCAAAUGUAAGGCACCAGUGGCCAUCAGGUGCUGCUAGUGCACAGCCCUGGCCAGGUUUUCUGUAUCUCAACCCAGACACCCUGGUCUUAAAAAAAUUGGCUGCUCCUCUUUUUUCAUCUUCUUGGUAUCUGGAUAUCAGAUGAAUCACUGUAUGUCCUGUUUGACAUACAUAAUAAGUAAAAUAAUAGUUUUGUUAAAUAGACUUCCAUCUUUUGACAGGAAAUCAGGCAUUAAACGUAAUCACACUUGGAUAGAAUCAGAAAACUCUCAACUGACAGGUGGCAAUGCUGCACCAAUGAAAAACAGCUUAAAACUCUCAAGAGGCAGCAAAGAGGAAAAUUUACCUCAUAGCAAACCAGUUAAAGGAGUAGGUGAUACUGGUGGUGAUCAGCAAGAUCUGGAAAUGGCAGAAGUUAAUAAAAGUGAUACAGAGGAGGUUGGAAGUCUUGAUCAAGAUAUGGAUGAACAAGGUGCUUACAAUGACAAAACCAUUAAUGUAAUACUUUUUUACAAUAAUAACAAUAAAUUAUCUAUGACGGGUUUUGUCUACUGUGUGUCUCACAUUAGUCACUUAGGGUGAAUUGCUUUACUAGAGUUCUGGAAUUGCAAAAUUUAAUGCUCUUUUUUUACAUUUGCCUAGUAAUAUUGUGAAAAGUAGAAACCCACAAAAAACUGUCUCCCCAAAAUCACAAAAUUAAGUGCCCGCAAAAUUAAGUUCCACAAGGUAGUUGAAACUGAAACUGCCAGGCUCGACUUUGUACUACUCGGUAUUGUAUCGACUGAGAUAUAUAACGCAUAUUACACUUACAGGUGUGUUUUCUGUUUUAUCCUUUUAAUCAAAGAUUUGCAAUCCAAUACAGUUUCUGGAACAGAUGAAUUUACCCAAGAAAUGAGUGGUUCACUGAUGUCCAAACGCCUUCGCAUGUACAAAUGUGAACGCUGCAACUCACAGUACAUGGGUUUGGCAAUGCUGCGUCAACACUGUAAAGAUGUUCAUGGUGACCAGAAAUAUUACAAGUGUCAUGUCUGUGGCAAGCUGUUUAGUCACCCAAGCAGCAGAAAUAUUCACUUGAGAUUACACUCGGGAGAGAAGCCUUACAAGUGCACCACCUGUGGCAAACAGUUUAGGGUAUCGUCACAUCUAAAGGAUCAUGUUAGGGUCCAUACAGGUGUGUGAAACUUUUUUAGUAGUCAGGAUCAUGCCAUUGACUUAGCAGUAUUUCCCAAAUUGAUGUCACUUGCGUAGCGGUCCUCACUUAAAUGCCAGAGGGGGUGCUCCGGAUUUCAAGUGACUCUGAUUUUUUUUCUACAAAUAAAGUACAACCAAACUUGUUUUGUGGCGGUUUUAAUAUUUACCGUUUGAGUUUCUUUUUUCUUUUUUUCUUUUUUUUGGGGGGGGGGGGUAAAUUUUUGGUCCAGGGAUUUAUUGGGGGGUUUGUUUGAAGCCCUAGUGAUUUUUUUGGGUUUUGAUUUUUUGCUUCCAUUAUUUUGAUCAUCCCCGCUUCUUGAUAUCCAGAGUACCCACCUCCCACUGGGACCUUGGACUUUAGGUGACUCUACAUUAAUUUUGUUAUUGUUUUUGUGUCUGGAUACUCUAAGAGCAGUGAGAUCAAGUCUGAAAAGAAUUUCAUUGGGGUGUUCAAAUUAAAAACAUUUUGAUUUUGAACUUAUUGAAGAAUAUUAUGUAGACUGCAGGGUGAGAAAGAACCUCUCCACAUCUUGUUUCCAGUUAGAACCUUCUCCUAGGCUGUCAAGAUUAAUGUAGCUUCCAGAGAACUCAUUCAGUGCAUUUCUUUGACAGGCCAAAAAAAUUUUUUGGAGUUUAAUUUUCAGGACUACUGAAAAAAGAAAAAUGCUGAUUGUGAUCCAGCUGAAGGUGAAUCGAUCACAAAGUGAAUCAUUUAGACAGGAAUGGUCUUCCAUAAGCAGCUAUUAUAGUAGGACUAUUGGCAUUCCUGUAGUACUAAUCGAUAAAGAAAUCAGCCAGGCCCAUAGAAAGUCACUGGUCAGUAAAUCCUAGAUACAUUUUUUAUUUUGAUUUCCAGGGGAGCGUCCAUAUAUCUGUGACAUAUGCCACAAGGGAUUCAAGCAGUCAAGUGACCUUAAAAAGCAUCGACGCACACACACCUUGGACAAACCCUAUAAAUGUCCCAUCUGUCCCUCAGCAUUCACUCGAUCUCAUCAUUGUCGAGGCCAUAUCAACUCAGUCCACAAGUUCUUCAAGUGCGUUGCUUGUAGUGCUUUGUUUACAUCUGAGGAAGCCUUUGAACGUCAUAAAGAACUCCAUCCAACGGUCUUCUCUGAUGAUUCAGAUAGGAGGUCCAGAUUGUCUGAUGAUGUGGUGACACCACGAAGCAGUGUGUCAUCUGAGAUGCUAAGCUCUCGUUCCAGUGACAGUAUCCAGGUUGAUGCUGAAACACGCGAAAAUAACCUCAAGUGGGAUGUCGCUAAUCAGUUACUUGAGCUUCAUAAAAUAUCGCAACAUACUACAUCUCGGAAGAAUAGCAAUAAUAGUGGAUCUGAAACCGAAUCUGUUGAUAACGUAAGUUCACCUGUAAAGAAGACAUCAGCCACACCACAAGCUGUACCUAAGGAACCAUUGGUGUCUCCGACUGUUGUUCCUCGUUUAACCUAUCAAGGAGCAAGUGUCUCCAAUGAUUCAUCAAGUUCCAGUCAGAAGGAACCAAGGGGUGUUUCCUUGGGGAACGCAUUACAGGAAGGGAAAAGAAUGCAGGGAAAUACAAUAAUGUAUCCUCCUAUGCCACAAUCAAUUCCCCAGGGUAUGGAGUACUUGAUGUUGCCUUUUCAAAACAUGAACUAUAAGAGGGAAGAAAAGUGUGUUUCAUCACGAGAAGGAGUGGGACACGGUGUUGUGUUGCCUGGUAGACUCUCACCAAGUCCAAGCAAGAAUAUUUCUGCAUGUACAUCUGAGAAACAAAAAUGGUCUAGAGAGGAUCAGCCAUGUUCAGUGACUACUACAGCUAGCAGUGUUUAUUCUAUGGUAAACAAUGCUAGACUGUAUGACUCACAUUUUGCAACAAGGAGUGGUUCUGCAAAUCAAAGAAAUUUUAUGGAACUGAGUUUGGGGGGUGUAAAUUCCCAACAGGAAAAAGCCUUGACAGAACAGACUGUUGAGGGUAAUAACAGUGUUGCUUGCCAUCGAGUGUCAGUCAUUCAGUUUCAUUCAAGUUCGCAAGUGACUCCUCACAACACAAAGAAUCCAGAGGACUUGAUCAAGGAGGAAGAGAAGACACAAGAGGCUCCUUUUAAGUCAGAUAUUUCUCCAUUGUGUGAUUCUACAUCGGCAAAACUGGAUAAAAAACCUGUUGUAAUUCAACAGCAACACCAAGACUUGCAGCCGAAAAAUGGCGUGAUAAAUGACUAUUUGGCUGGCAUUUCCCAGGGGCAUCUACCCUAUGUACCACUCAAUGCUGAAAGCUCUAUAUCACUACAGUCAUGGAAAAGAGAAUUUGGUGGUCCCUUUGGAAAGUAUUCCUGGGCCUUAAAGGAAGCCAAAAAAACCUUUGAGCUUUUAAAAAUGAGGGAACAAGCUUUGCAGCUUGCUUCUAGCCAGUCACUAGAGAGCAAGCAAUUCACCCUAUUUCCUCAAGCUAAUGCACAUCAAUCAAAAUCCUCAUUUGAUAGAUCUCAAGUGACGUCUGUUGACAUGCUGAAGUUUCUAGCGCGAGAGCAGAUCAAACAGAAUGAUUCAGAAGGUGACUUGAAAUCUCCAGUGUCAGCUGAAGAGGACUCUGAAUCCUCUGAAGCUGUGGAAUCUGGGCAUACUUCAAAUAAUGAACAGCCAAAAAGUGAUGGUGGGCAACAAUCGUUACCAGCUGAUUCUCCAGGUAAUGGCUAUGUUUCGCAAUGAAAGAUCUUACAAAAUAAAAUGGGGAGAGAAAGAUUUUAACACCAAGUGAACAAACACCGACUUUUAUGAUAUAUUAGAUAAAUAUUAUUUAAGUUUUUGAAGGCUUGAAAUAACUGAUGGGCGAAGUUUGACCAUUCACAUGGUCCAGUCAAAUUUAUUUUUGCUCUAUUAAAACCUGGUUUUGAACAGUCACAAUAGACCUCUUUCAUAAUUCGGCCUGUCAGUAUACCCUUUUAAAAAAUGAUAAUUAGCCUUUCUGACCUCAUUAGCAUGUGCAAAAUACAAAAGAACUCUUUACUUUCAAACGAGGUCAGAAAGGCAAAUUAUUUCAAAGGGAAUAUUAAUAGGCUGUCAUUAUGAAAGAGGUCUACAUUGCAACAGUCCUCCUGUAAGUGUGAUUUAUACAUGUAUACAUGUGUACAUGAAGUGAGCACAUUAGUUAAACAGGAAUACGAGAGGGCCUGAGGUAAGCUUUUCAACCCACUCAACUCAAGGCAUAAUUUUUGUUUGCCCUUUCAGAGCAAAAAGGCUCCCCAGAGAAUACCAUUCACCACUGCCAAGUUUGUAAGAAGACAUUCUCUCGUUCCAGCCUGCUUAAACAGCAUUCUGUUAUCCACAUGGGUAACAAACGUUUCAAAUUCCGCUGUGAGGUGUGUGGCAAGAUGUUUCGGACACGCAGUCACCUCCGUGAUCAUACUCGCAUUCACACAGGUACAUGUAUGCUUUUUUAUAAUGCAGCCAUCAUUGUACUCAGGCUUUUUAGCAUUUUAAGCAUAGUUAAUUGAUCUUCUGAAAUGGGAAAACUGCUCUAAUGUAAGUUAUGUCACACAGUCAUGUCUCACUUAUCACUGCAGUGUGUUCUGAAGAAGAAUGAAGAAUAUUCAGUUGAGAGUUGUUUUAAUAUUAACAUAAACUCUCAAGUGAAUAGAAGAAUAUAGUGUAAAUGUGAUGCAGACUGUGUAAUGCAGACUGUGAAGAGGCUGAAGUUCAGGAUUUCACGAUUUUAUUUCUCAGGGUGUCAUGGUUGCAUUAAUAUUAUCAUCCUUGUCUCUCAGUACUUCAAAAAACAACUGAUUACUAAUAAUUUUCCUUUAAAGUGAUUUUUAGACAUGUCUCUCAUUCACUCAUUGUAUCUUAGGUGAAAGACCAUUCAAGUGUCACAUUUGUCAGAAGGCCUUCAAACAGUCAAGUGAUCUCAAAAAACACAUCAACCUUCACACUGGUACUAACCAGUUUAAGUGUGAGGAGUGCAAUAUGGAAUUCCGUAGAGCUGAUGCACUCCGCAAACACAAACUGGGACACAGAACAGGUAACAUGCCCUGUGGACACUGUGGCAAGAAUUUCCUGCACAUCAGUGCAUUGCGACAGCACAGAGCCAUGCAUAAUGGU